GAUACUGGCGAGGCCGUGGCCGCACCAUGAAGGGUAGCCGGAUCGAACUUGGAGAUGUGACGCCACACAACAUUAAGCAGCUGAAGAGGCUAAACCAGGUCAUUUUUCCUGUCAGCUACAAUGACAAGUUCUACAAGGAUGUACUGGAGGUUGGCGAACUAGCCAAAUUAGCCUAUUUCAAUGAUAUUGCAGUGGGAGCAGUGUGCUGUAGGGUGGAUCACUCCCAGAACCAGAAGAGACUGUACAUCAUGACACUUGGAUGCCUGGCACCUUACCGAAGGCUAGGAAUAGGAACUAAAAUGUUGAAUCAUGUCUUAAACAUCUGUGAAAAAGAUGGCACUUUUGACAACAUCUAUCUGCACGUCCAGAUCAGCAAUGAGUCUGCAAUUGAUUUCUACAGAAAGUUUGGCUUUGAGAUCAUCGAGACGAAGAAGAACUACUACAAGCGGAUAGAGCCAGCAGAUGCUCACGUGCUGCAGAAAAACCUCAAAGCCCCUUGUCUUGGCCAGAACGCAGAUGUGCAAAAGACCGACAACUGAACAA